UUUUUUUGUAUAUGUAGGUGUAUAUCACUAAGUGUCCAGGUGGCGGUUUCUGCUUGGUAUUGGGUGGUCCUGAUGCUUCGGAUGGUGUUGGCUAAUAAGAAAGGCAACAUGGUUGUGUUUCCCAGUUCCUUGACAGAAGAAGAGGAAGCUCUGCAGAAGAAGUAUGCCAAACUGAAGAAAAAGAAAAAAGCUCUUUUGGCUUUGAAGAAGCAAAGCUCCACCAGCCAGGCAAGCCAGGGAGGGCUCAAGCGCACCCUGUCUGACCAGCCUGUGCUGGACACUGCAACGGCCACAGAACAAGCCAAGAUGCUAAUCAAGUCUGGGGCCAUAAGUGCCAUCAAGUCAGAGAAUAAGAACUCUGGCUUUAAACGUUCACGUACACUCGAGGGAAAGCUGAAGGAUCCAGAGAAAGGCCCUGCCCCAGCCUUCCUCCCUUUUCAAAGAAGUGUCUCCACAGAUGAGGAGCUACCAGAGUCUGGAAAACGAAGCCACAGAAAAUCCCUCUAUGAGAGCUUCGUCACCUCCGCUGAUCGUUCCCGUGACGAAGAAGAUGGAGGCAGCUCGUCUUUCUCAAGCCGUGAGGCUGAGAGAGACCGCGAUCGGGAGAUGGACCGGGACAGGGAGAAGGACCGCGAUCGGGAGAUGGACCGGGACAGGGAGAAGGACCGCGAUCGUGAACGUGAUCGCGAUCGAGACAGAGAUCGUGACCGGGGCAGGGACCGUGACCGAGACAGAGACAGAAGCAGAGACAGGGACCGAGAGCGGGACCGUGACCGGGACAGAGACAGGGAUAGAGACAGGGACAGGGAAGCUCCCUUUCGGCGGUCAGACUCGUACCCAGAGCGGAGAGGCGUGAGGAAGGGGAACACAGUCUAUGUGUACGGUGCUGGCCUGGUGGAGGACAGCCUGCGGACUGCCUUCUCGGAGCAUGGCAACAUCAUCGACCUGUCCAUGGACUCCCCCCGCAACUGCGCAUUCAUUACGUUUGAAAAGAUGGAGGCAGCAGACCAGGCUGUCGCCGAGCUGAACGGCACCACCGUGGGCGACACCUCGAUCAAAGUCAGCAUCGCCCGGAAGCAGCCCAUGCUUGAGGCUGCCACGGGAAAGUCACCCUGGGCAUCUCUAGCUGUCCAGAACAGUGCAAAGGGCUCGUACAGGGACAAGCGAAAUCAGGUUGUGUACAGCGAAGACUUUCUCUGAGGUGCCAACAGACGACUCCAGUCCAGAGCUGACGUCUCACAAUAGUGCUUGUAAAGUAGGUCCGGUGUUGCCGUAUUUCGGACCUGUAGCUGCUUGUCUUAUUUCUAGUCAAAUUUUUGUUCAGUUCCAUGAAGCCACGUUCUUCUCUGUAUCAGGUGGAUCUUUUGAGACACUUGGGAGGAAAUAUUUUGUCUGUAGAAUCUUUUUUUAUGUGCGACCAUGGAUUGGUUUUGCAAAAGGAUAAUAAAGAUAAUGUUUAUGAAGGA